AUGGGAAUUCUGCUUGGGGAGGACCCUCGCCUGCUUCAACAAAAUCUGAAGAUCACCCGCUUCGCCCGGCUGCGGCGAUGGCAAUCCGCCCUCGGUCUCUUGGAAUGGGGUGUGCUGGCUGCAGGCUUGCAGCCAGACCAGAUCACUUUUGGUGCUGCCAGCACCGCAUGUCAGCAAGCAGGAGUGUGGUCUCAAGCUGGCUGGGUUCUGUGGAAGAUGCAGGUGCUAUUGUUGCCUCCUGACGAGAUCGCAUACAGCAUUCGAGUCGACACAUAUGCCAAAAAUGCACGCUGGCAGAUGGCUGCGGUGACAGUGGGAAACUGCAAACAGGCUCUUCUUGCAUUUUGCGCUUGUUGCGUCGUAUCCUGUCGCAGGGGAGGUCGGAAGAGCAUCGCCAUGAUCAGGGAGCGGAGCAGUUGGGCACAUGCGAUAGACGGGUUGGAGCAGCUGGUCAAUGCUUCCGUGCGACUGACUGUGAAGAAUUUCGGCAGUUCGAUGGCCACGUGCAUGAGACAGAAACAAUGGCAGCAACCCCUCCGCCUUCUUCGAGAUAUGAACCUCAGCCACCCCUCACCCAACUUGAUCACCUUCAACUCCACCAUCAGCGCCUUUGGUAUGGAACACUGGCAUUUCGCCUUGGAUCUCCUUUCAAAUCUCCAAAAUCAGCGGUUCGUCCCUGAUGCCUUCAGCUACGGCGCGACUGCCGCUGCCUUGCAAGAGGGUCCCUGGCAGAGAAGCCUCUCUCUUCUGGAGGCGCUGAAACCCGUCAGAAGUCCAUAUCUUCCAAGAUCCCUUCCUUGA